GUUGUGAGGGUUCGGUUGUCAAGCAGCGGCCAAUCAGGGCCGGGGAUGGAGGCAAGUGGGGGUCGCGUCUGGAGCUGAGCCUCGGCCUCCGGAGCCGCCGCUGCAGCCCCGUGGAACUGACAUGGCUCAAGCCUGACAUCCCAUGAUCUGAGACUCUGGACCGACGCACAUCGGCUGCUGCUGUGGCCGGUCUAGGACCACGAGGUGGUCCACGGGCGGGAGACAAGCCGAGGCAUUUCCUCUGCCUGAAUGUGUGACAACUCCCUACCAACUUGAUUGGAGGAUCUGGGGGGGACCCGCCCCCACCCCAGGAGGAAAGCACCGUCUACUUUGCAGGGGGCUCCGGCCAGCUGAAGGAUGGCCACCCCUGUGGUCACCAAGACAGCGUGGAAGUUGCAGGAGAUCGUUGCCCACGCCAGCAAUGUGUCCUCGUUGGUGCUGGGCAAGGCGUCCGGGCGGCUGCUGGCCACGGGCGGAGAUGACUGCCGGGUCAACCUCUGGUCCAUCAACAAACCCAAUUGCAUCAUGAGCCUGACAGGCCACACGUCCCCCGUGGAGAGUGUCCGCCUCAACACCCCCGAGGAGCUGGUCGUGGCCGGCUCCCAGUCAGGGUCCAUCCGCGUCUGGGACCUGGAAGCUGCCAAAAUCCUCCGCACGCUCAUGGGCCACAAAGCCAACAUCUGCAGCCUGGACUUCCACCCCUAUGGCGAGUUCGUGGCCUCAGGCUCCCAGGACACCAACAUCAAGCUCUGGGACAUCCGAAGGAAAGGUUGUGUCUUCCGCUACCGGGGACACAGCCAGGCCGUGCGCUGUCUCCGCUUCAGCCCCGAUGGGAAGUGGUUGGCAUCGGCCGCUGACGACCACACGGUGAAGCUCUGGGAUCUCACUGCCGGCAAGAUGAUGUCCGAGUUCCCCGGGCACACGGGGCCCGUCACUGUGGUGGAGUUUCACCCCAACGAGUACCUCCUGGCCUCCGGCAGCGCUGACCGGACGAUUCGUUUCUGGGAUCUGGAGAAGUUCCAGGUGGUGAGCUGCAUCGAAGGGGAGCCCGGCCCUGUCAGGAGCGUCCUGUUCAACCCGGACGGCUGCUGCCUGUACAGCGGCUGCCAGGACUCACUGCGGGUGUACGGCUGGGAGCCGGAGCGCUGCUUCGACGUGGUCCUGGUCAGCUGGGGCAAGGUGGCCGACCUGGCCAUCUGCAACGACCAGCUGAUUGGCGUGGCCUUCUCCCAGAGCAACGUGUCCUCAUACGUGGUGGACCUGACUCGGGUCACCAGGACGGGCACGGUGGCCUCAGACCCCGUACAGGACAGCAGGCCCCCGGUGCCGCAGCCGCCCCAGCCCAGCGCCCCGCUGCGGCGCAUCUAUGAGCGGCCCAGCACCACCUGCAGCAAACCUCAGAGGGUGAAGCGGAACUCGGAGAGCGAGCGCCGCAGCCCCAGCAGCGAGGAGGAGCGGGAGGAGCGGGAGUCGCGGGCCGAGAUCCGGAAUACGGAGGACUACAAUGAGAUCUUCCAGCCCAAGAAGAGCAUCAGUCGGACCCCACCCCGAAGGACUGAGCCCUUCCCAGCACCCCCCGAGGAGGACGUGGCCCCAGCAAAGGAGGCUGCCAAGCCCAACCCUGCCCUGGACCCGGAGCUUCCUGUGCCAAACCUCGAGGUCCUGCCCCAGCCCUUAGAGGCGGCCACCACCCCUGCACCCAAGGCCCAGCCCCCCGUCAUCCCUGCCGCCCGCAGUGAGCCCAUCGGGCUGAAGGCCUCCGACUUCCUGCCCGCCGUGAAGGGCCCCCAGCAGGCGGAGCUGGUGGACGAGGACGCCAUGUCCCAGAUCCGCAAAGGCCACGACACCAUGUGUGUGGUGCUCACCAGCCGCCACAAGAACCUGGACACCGUGCGGGCCGUGUGGACCACAGGCGACAUCAAGACGUCGGUGGACUCAGCCGUGGCCAUCAACGACCUGUCGGUGAUGGUGGACCUCCUCAACAUCGUCAACCAGAAAGCCUCCUUGUGGAAACUGGACCUGUGUACCACAGUCCUGCCACAGAUCGAGAAACUCCUACAGAGCAAAUACGAAAGCUACGUGCAGACGGGCUGCACCUCCCUGAAGCUCAUCCUGCAGCGGUUCCUGCCUCUGAUAACCGACAUCCUGGCGGCCCCGCCUUCUGUGGGCGUGGACAUCAGCCGGGAGGAGAGACUACACAAGUGCCGGCUCUGCUACAAGCAGCUCAAGAGCAUCAGCGGCCUGGUCAGGAGCAAGUCGGUCUUGAGCGGCCGCCACGGCAGUGCCUUCCGCGAGCUGCACCUGCUCAUGGCCAGCCUGGACUGACUGAGUCGCCCGGUGGCUGUGCCCGGUGUGCCCGCCAGCUCACCAGCCACUGCCCAGUUCCCACUGCUGCCCCGCGGCCAGCCUGGAGGCGGUGCAGUGCUGGCCCACUGGUCACCUCCACAGUCCCCCAAGCUCAGGCCGCGGUUGCAGCGGCGGCUGCCUGACUUGAACCAACUCUUUGCUUGUGGGGCAGCCGAGAGAGCCCCAGGGUUGCUGCUGUAAUUUAUAAGGUGAACUUUAUUAAAUUUCUAACUAUUCCCUGUUCUCCCUGCCUGGCUGGGCCGGCAGGGCCUUACUCGGGGCUGA